CCAGAUUGGAUUAAUACAAAUUAAGUCGUGUGCUUUGCAUUUAAUAUUAAAAAAGCUCAUUGUAUUUUACAAAAAGUUACGACCGCAAUACGUACCAUUGUAUUAACUUUAACUUCUAUAAAUAAAGUCAGCGUCCCUAAUUUGGGAACUAAUUUUUGGUCCUAAGCAAUACUUUGAUUCGUCAAAAUUCCGGUCACCACAAUGAACAAUUCCGCGGCUAAGGUCGGGGAAAUAUUUCGCGAAGCCGGCUCUGCGUUUAAUAAACUGUCAGAAAUGACCAUGCUUUUGCAUCCUAUGGGAGAUUCCCAACCUGGUGGCAAGUGGACUGAAGAAGAAAUUGAGAUGCUGCGCAACUGUGUCCACCGGUUUGCAGUAGACCUCAAUAAGCUUAGUCAACAUAUCAAAAACAGGACUGUAACCCAAAUCCGUACAACACUAAAGAAGAAAGCAUUUGAAGAUGCAGGUAUACCUGUGAGACAGGUAAGCAGCGCGGUAACAAGUCUGUCUCAGCCGCAGACCCCUCAGGUAGCAUCACCACGGAGCGUGAUCAGCCAUCAGUCCGUGUUAGGAAAAAACGCCGAGGUAACUCUCAAUAUGCUGAAUGCCUCUGAAAACGAGGUAGACGUAGAAGGGCUCAGCAACGACGUAAAACUGGAAUUUGAGGCCAACACAGAAGAGGUAGCUACAUGAAAUUCGUUUAGCUGCUCUUUCUAAGCAGUGGAUUGGGUACCCUCCUCUUUAUAUGUUAGAUUCGUUGUUAAAUAACCUGCAAUUAUUUCAUAUAAAAAAUUUGAAAUGUUUAGUUUUUAUUGUCUCAAGUUAAUGUAUAACUGAUAUUUUGAAACAAAACUGAUUAUUCUAUUUAAUUUGACACAUUGGUGAGCAUUAGUCCACACACAACGACAGUGUAAAACUUAACAUAGAUUAUAAUUUCAAAUUAUAAGUGUUAUUUAAAAUUAAUGUACGUAUAAUCGAAAUUAUGCAGUACCUAGCCUAAAAUAGCCUGCCCUUGUUUUAAUUAAAUUGCUUAAUUCUGUGUCCAUAUAUAAUAAUGAAAAAAUAUGACGGGGAUUUUUUCGUCGAAGUGUUGUGGACUGAUAAUUUACUGUUUUAUUGAUUUUGUGUACAAAAAGAACUAAAAAUUGUGACUCUUGGUUUCUGAAAUAAUUGCGAUAGAACUUAUUUUGAAAUCCAUAGUCAAUAAGUCUUUAAAAUUAAAAGUAAAAUAACUUUAUGAUUUGUAAAUAUAUUAACUCUGUCAGCAAUUACUUUUCUGUAAAAUUACACAAUAGUUAGGGCUUUCAAAUUUUCCGUAGCGUACUUGUAAGAGGGUACUAAAUCUGUAAGAGACGGUUUAAAUUAAUGUAGUGUAAGUGAAAAGGACAAUGUGACUAGUGUUUGUUGUUAAUCUUAAUGUAAGUUUAGUACAUAGUAGUAGAAAGUCCAAUAGAACAUAAUUUACAACCCUCGUGUUAAAAUAUUAUUAUAGUCAAAAAUUAACUUUGUCAAAUUGCAUGCAGGUUACUUGCAAAA